AUGUCUAUUUCGACCGAGGAGAUCUUCCACGCAGUGCAGAAGAAGAACCCAGCUAAUGUAUGUAUUCCUCGGUUCUCUUGUCACAGUGGAGUGAAAUCAAUCGUUUUACCUUUCAAAGUCGCAGCUGCUUCUGGUCCUAAAAUUCAUCUUGGGGCGUCAUCGUCUGACCACACACCAACCUCACUCCCUUCUUUACCUUCAAUGCCGCAGCCACUAUUAUCCAACAAUCGAGAAACACAAGUGCUUGUUAUGCUCACACUUGAAGGCAGAUCCCCCGAAGUGGUCCAUGAGUUUGAGAAGGUGAUCGAAAAGAUGCCUGCUAGGUUUCAGAUCAAGAUAAUUGAUGGGUUCGAGAAGAGUAACGGGUCAGCUGGCGUGUUUGUCUGCAUGAUAUGGGAGGCAUUUGCCCAAUUGCUCUCAACCGUCGACAUGGAACCGUUGCUUCCGGCUGUUGGGCCCUCGCUUAUAGCUUCGCGAGGUCCCUCCUCCUUCCCCCCAUCUUCCAGGACUAACCCUCCAGAAUCCACAUCUAUUCCCCCUCGCUCUCGUUUCCGUCGCUUCAUUGGCUUCACCUCCAUCGCCGUCUUCGCAUUCACCGUCGGCCUAACCUACCAAACCCAACUCACCCUCUCACGCAUCAUGGCCACCCCAACCGAAGAAGAGACCCUAACAGCCUUCAUCGCCAAUGACUCCGCAACCGCAGAGAUAGACAAUACCAUCCGCACCCACCCUGUCGCAGAGGCCCUCCGCGCAAACCCCGACUACUCCGAAUCCCGCCCGCACCUCACAAUCCCGGGCCCCCUGCGCGAGCGCAACCUCACAGCCGGAACGCUAGCCGGACCGGGGAAGAUCGUCGUGCCGCCAUAUGUAUUCAGCGAGCGCGACGGAAAGUCAAUGGUCUCGCUCAUGUAUCUAGGUGGUGAUGUCUGCGGUCACCAGGGGAUUAUUCAUGGUGGUCUACUGGCUACACUGUUGGAUGAGGGUCUGGCGCGUUGUUGUUUCCCCGCGCUGCCGAAUAAAGUGGGUGUUACGGCCAAUUUGAAUAUUGAUUACCGUGCUCCUGCUAUGGCGAAUCAGUAUGUUGCUCUCCGUGCGGAGACGAUUAAGGUUGAGGGUCGGAAGGCGUGGGUGGAAGGUCGCAUUGAGACUCUUCCUGUUGAUGGUAAAGAGCCGUUGGUUUUAGUUGAAGCUAAGGCUUUGUUCAUUGAACCUCGACAAGCUGCUGCACUUUCGAGUCUCUACAAAGUGGCGUGA